CCGUACCUUCAAAACAGACAUACUUUGUUCAGUUUCAUUAGUUGAACUUCACUUCCGAAGAGAUAACGUCUGGUUCAAGAAGUAGAUUUUAAGAUUUCGUGAUGAGGACCCUUGCUUAUUUGCUGGUUUUAAGCCUUACUCCUGUAUUUCGGUUCCAUCUCGCUGAUGGAUUCACUUUUCCUUCUAUUCUGGAUGACGCGAGACAAGCCAUGAUGAAGUUUUCAACAACAAGGUCAAACUCCUCUCGCCCUCGACCGGCACUAAAAUUGCAAGCUUUUCACGGUUUGGCGUCUAACUCUAGUUUGCCAGUCAAGAAGCCGCGUCAGACGAAACCUUCAAACAGCUUUUUAGAAAUUCUAAGUAAAGUGGAAAAGCACGUUCUCGAAGCUCAAGCAAGUGGCAACACAGCACAUCUAAGUAAUCUGACGAAGAAUAUAAAGGUUGCUCUGAAGCAAAGGAGUUAUUUGUUCGCCCGAGAAGCCCUAGGACAAGCGCUUUGCAAAUCGAUAUCUUCGAGUCGACCAGGAAUAUCAAAACGGUCGGGAUCAGAUGGAGCACGCUACUUAGCUAGACUAAAAAAGGAAAUUGGCCCAGACAAAUUUAGCAAACUAUUAGGAGUAGAAGACUCCAAGACACUGGCGUUCGCUAUUGAUGACACUGGAAGUAUGAGGAAUGAUAUUUAUGCCGUGAAAGAAAUUGCUAAAGCCAUUGUAAGAACAGCAGGAAAGACGGCAGAGAAUUACAUCUUGUCAGUGUUCAAUGACCCUACAACUGGCCCUGUACUUUUCAAAGAAAAUGGUUCAGAAUUUAUUAAAGAGUUAGAGAAGUUAAUAGCCCACGAUGGAGGUGAUGAUCCAGAACUGACAUUCAAAGGAAUGUUAGCUGCCAUGGAAGAAGAACCAAACGAAGGCUCACCAGUGUAUGUGUUCACAGACGCAACGGCAAAAGACCAUACCAAAGACAACAUCAAGACCCUGAUAGACUAUGCAAACGGUUUAAAUGUCAACAUCAACUUCUUUACAACUUCAGCCGCCUCUUCGUUCGCACCCUUCGUUCAAGUUGCCCGAGAAACCUGUGGGAUGAUACUUCGACUGGUAGACUCGUCAGAGAUAAAGAAAUUAGAAAGCAUCACCAAAUUGUCUUUGCGAAACUCCGGCGUUUGUGUGACCGAUGGAAAUGAUGGAGACGACUUCGAUAAUAAAAAGCGUGCAGUCUCGAGAAGCAAGGUUAUACUUGUAGACGAUUCUGUGAAGAAUAUGAUCAUUUCAGUUUCCACCCAAAACCCAAAACCCGUAAUUGUCCUCAGGGAUCCGUCCGGUACAAGGUUUACUGGAAGAAAGAUAUCUCUGUUACGAGCUGCUAUUUACGAGCUUAUUAUCCCGACUCCUGGUCGAUGGACGCUGUCAGUUGCUGCGAGUGCUGGCAAGUACCACUAUCUUGUCAGAGGAUCUAGUGACUCAAACAUCGAUUUUGACUACUACUUUGUAAUGCUUCCAACACGGAAAGGAAGAUACCCCAUCCCAAUCAAUCAGCCACUCGCAGGUCAGCGCGCCAACGCCAUCAUAACAGUAGCAGGGGCUGAAAGGAUUCAACGAAACAGGCUCAGCGUUGAACUCAUCGACAGCAGAAACGGAAGAGUACUAACGACGGUCGCCAUGACACCUCGCAGCUCAUCCAAAGCUCAUUUCGUCGUGUCAUUUACUCCACCUUCAACGCCAUUCAAACUCAGAAUGAAAGGUCGAACCAAAGCAGGCAACGUCUUCGAACGCUCAUCCAUAAAAACAAUCCGAGCAACUACUGCUCUCAUUCGCGUCUACAGAGCCAAAGAUGGUCAACUGACCAUUCCCAGAGGAAGACGCAUGUUCGUCAUUCUAUUGAUCUUCAACGUUGGCCCAACUGAAACCUUUGACGUGUCCGUUAACGAUCCAAAGCAGUAUGCCACAAAAAGACGCAAGAGACACGUAAAAGUCAACAAAAACCGCAGUCGUAGGUUUAGUAUGUGGUUCACAGCUCCUUUGAGUGCAACACCCGGUGAAAGUUACCCUGUUGCUGUCACCAUCAAAGGAAGAAAGUCUCGCGUUGAAACAGGCCAAAUCCUCAACUUUAUGGUUGUCUGAAUCUUCCGAGUCAUUUAAGACAUUUAUUAGUAAUACAAUGAUGAUCAUGAUAAAUUAAUGAUAAAUAUAGUUGAUGGAUGACAAUCAAGCGCUAAUUAAGAGCAAUAACUAAAGAAAUAAACUUGGAUAAAUAACCUAAGAUAGAAUGAUAAGAUAAAAUGAGCUCCUCAUCAAACUCUGUCUUCUUGAGAUUGAUAUAAAUGCUGCUUGCGUAAAACUAUUUCAGUAGAACAAUAAA